GGGGACCCGGGCCGGCACGCCAAGUACUACGCGCACAGGUUCCCAGCCGCUGGCCUGGAGAGGGCGGGGUCCCGACGGGGGGUUCCCUUAAAGGAGCCCCGCCACUCUACCUGACUUGGGGGAGCAGCUUCUACCAUGGCGUUUUGCACCCAGCUGAUGUUGCUGCUUUGGAAGAAUUUCACGUAUCGGAGGAGAAAGCCGGUACAGCUGGUCAUCGAGCUGCUGUGGCCCCUGUUCCUGUUUUUAAUUCUGGUUGCUGUCCGUCAGUCCCACCCGCCCUUCGAGCACCAUGAAUGCCACUUCCCCAAUAAGCCACUGCCUUCGGCGGGCAUGCUGCCCUGGUUCCAGGGAAUCCUCUGCAACAUGAACAACCCCUGCUACCGGUACCCCACGCCGGGGGAGACCCCCGGCAUCCUGAACAACUUCAACGAAUCCUUGAUCUCCAGGCUCUUGGCUGAUGCCCAGCUGGUGCUGAGCAGCCCCAAUACACGUAGGACCCUUAGAAGCUUCAGGAAACUGCUGCCUUCCCUACAACCGCUCCAGGGGUCUGCCCUGCCACUCCGAAGCUACCUACUCCCAGGAGAGACCUUCUCCAAGUUCCUGCAGGAGAACACAUCCCUGCCUCCGGCUCUGGCUGAGGAACUCCUGGACACCCAGCUCAGUUUGCAAGGGCUGCCUCCGGCCUUGCCUUUGCCGGACCUGGUCUGCAACGCCUCCUUACUGGGCACCUGGCUCCGCGCCUCUGACACUCUGCAGGAAGGCCUCUGUGCCCUCCCUCCGGCCGAGCUCCGAGCCCUCGGGGCCAGCUUCCUGUCCCAGGCAGACCCGGAGCGGCUGCUCGCUGCAUUGAGGGCCAAUCAGAGACAGCUGAGCCCUAAGGCUGUGGCCACCUUCUUGGAGGCAUGGGAGGCCACCAGUAGGGAGCUUUCCACCCUGCCGGGCUUAGCAGAGCUGCGGGCAGAGUUGCGGAGGGCCCCAGGUCCAGGGGGCCCCCUGGAAGGAAUAUCUCGAGUCCUGUGUGGAAAGUCUAGGGAUCAAGGAGCUGAAAUCCCCUCCCUCAACUGGUAUGAAGACAAUGACCUAAAGAUGGUGUUGGGCCAGGGCCGGGGAAGAUCAUCCUCUCCCCUGGACAACAGCACUAGUUCCUUCUGCCAGUCGCUAAUUGAGUCCAUGGAGGCACAUCCUAUAUCUCGGCUUCUGUGGUGGAGACUCAAGCCCCUUGUUCUUGGCAAGAUCCUGUACACUCCUGACACGCCAUUCACCCAGAGAGUCAUGGCCGAGGUAAACCAGACAUUCCGUCAGCUGGCCCUGCUGAAGGAGCUCUAUGGCCUCUGGAUGGAGCUCGCACCCCAGAUCACCAGCUUCAUGAACAACAGCUCCGAAGUGGAGCUCCUGAAGAGGCUGCUCCAGAUGCCCUCCUGGGAAGAGAGGCCGGGGCGCCUCAGGAACAGGACAUUGGCCCUCCGUACCUUCCUGGGCUUAGAUGGGAACGGCUACACUUGGAAGGAGGCCCAUGAAGACAUAACUCUGAUAGUGGACAAAAUGGGGAAGGUCCUGGAGUGCGUGUCUCUGGACAAGCUGGAGCCAGUGACGACCGAGGACAUGCUGAUGGACCGGGCCGUGGAGCUGCUGGAGCAGCGGCGCUUCUGGGCUGGGAUUGUCUUCCUGGGGCUGCAGGAUGGGGGGGCUCCCAGCCACAUUCGCCUCAAGAUCCGCAUGGAUAUCGAUGACGUCACCAGGACUAAUAAAAUCAAAGACAGGUUCUGGGACCCAGGCCCGGCAGCAGAUCCCUUCCUGGACAUGCGCUAUGUGUGGGGUGGCUUUGUCUACCUUCAGGACCUUCUGGAGGGGGCAGUUGUGCGGGUGCUGAAUGUCUCUGCUCGCCCUGCCAGUAUCUACCUGCAGCAGAUGCCCUACCCCUGCUACGUGGAUGACGUGUUCCUGCGGGUGCUGAACCGGUCACUGCCCCUAUUUCUGACCCUUGCGUGGAUCUAUUCCGUGGCCCUGACCGUGAAGGGCGUCGUUCAGGAAAAGGAAGCUCGCCUUCGGGACACCAUGCUGGCCAUGGGCCUGAGUCGCAGCGUUCUCUGGACCAGCUGGUUUAUCAGUAGCCUCUUGCCAUUCUUGGUCAGCAGCAGCCUUCUUGUUCUUAUCCUCAAGCAGGGGGACAUUCUCCCCUACAGCCACCCCCUCCUGGUCUUCCUCUUCCUGGUCGCCUUCGCCGUGGCCACAGUCUGCCAGAGUUUCCUGUUCAGCGCUGCCUUCUCCCGCGCCAAUGUGGCGGCUGCCUGCGGGGGCCUCCUCUACUUCACCCUGUACCUGCCCUAUGUGCUCUGCGUGGCCUGGAGGGACCGAAUGCCCCCAGCCCUGAGGCUGGCUGCGAGCCUGCUGUCCCCGGUGGCUUUUGGCUUUGGCUGCGAGUACUUCUCCCUGUACGAGGAGCAGGGCGUGGGCAUCCAGUGGCACAACCUGGGCCGCAGCCCCGUGGCCGGCGACGUCUACAGCCUGGCGCUGUCUGAGGCUCUGCUGCUCCUGGACGCCGGGCUCUAUGCUGCGGCCACCUGGUACAUUGAGGCCAUCUGCCCCGGUCAGUAUGGAAUUCCUCAGCCCUGGAAUUUCCCCUUCCGGAAGAGCUACUGGUGUGGAGAGCUGGGAUUGGUCAGUCUGGACCCGGGCCCCUCCAAGGAUGACCCUCAAGUGCUAGUGGAAGAACCAUCCCCUGGGCUACGGGUGGGCGUGUCACUUCGGGGCCUGGUGAAGUACUACCCGGGCAGUGCCCGCCCUGCCCUCCAGGGGCUCAGCCUGGACUUCUACGAGGGCCACAUCACUGCCUUCUUGGGCCACAAUGGGGCUGGCAAGACCACAACUCUCUCCAUCCUGAGCGGCCUCUUCCCCCCUACCCGGGGGUCAGCUCUCAUCCUGGGCCAAGAUGUCAGCUCCAACAGGGCAGCCGUGCGCCGCAACCUGGGCCUGUGCCCCCAGCACAACGUGCUCUUCGAUAUUCUGACUGUAGAAGAACAUAUCUGGUUCUAUGGGCGCCUCAAAGGGCUGAGCCAGGCAGCUGUGAGCCAAGAGCUGCCUCAUCUCCUGCAGGACGUGGGGCUCCCCCACAAGCGGCAAGAGCAGACUCGGCACCUCUCUGGCGGGAUGCAGAGGAAGCUGUCUGUAGCCAUCGCCUUCGUGGGGGGCUCCCGAGUGGUCAUCUUGGACGAACCUACCGCCGGCGUGGACCCGUUCUCCCGCCGGGGCAUCUGGGAGCUGCUGCUCAAGUAUCGGCAAGGUCGCACAGUGAUCCUGUCCACUCACUACAUGGAUGAGGCAGAGCUCCUGGGAGACCGUGUGGCGAUGAUUGCAGGGGGGCAGCUCCGCUGCUGCGGGUCCCCCCUCUUCCUCAAGAGCCGCUUGGGCACAGGCUACUAUCUGACCCUGGUGAAGCAGCGGCCGGCUGUGCUCCUCAAGGCUGGGAAGGACCAGGACCAUGGCAAGCUAGAAAGGAGCUGGAACAAAGGCCUGGAAAACAAGGAGGGGAACCCAGCUAACACCACUGACGUGGCCCAGCUGCUCACACUGGUACAGAAACUUGUUCCUGAGGUCCAGCUGGUGGAGGAGCUGGGCCAUGAGGUGGUGCUGACCCUGCCUUAUGCUGGUGCCCACAACGGAGCCUUUGGGGAGCUGUUUCAGGAGCUGGACAAGCACCUCGAGGAGCUUGGCAUCUCAGGCUAUGGGAUCUCAGACACCACCCUGGAGGAGAUCUUCCUGAAGGUGGCCGAGGAUAAUGGCGUCGAUGCAGACCCAGAAGCCUCUGUCUUCCUGGCAGACCGCGAAGGCCAGCCUCUUCGGCCGCAUGUGCCUACCCUGGCUUCUGCCCGCUACCCGCGGAUGAUGAGCAAGGAGCACACAGAGGAGAAUGGGGAUGUGGCAGCGGCCGAUUCUGCAGAAACACAGGCUCUGCACCACGAGCUGGGCAGCUCUGGGCGAGUGCAGGGCUGGGCCCUCACGCGGCAGCAGCUCCGGGCCCUCUUCACCAAGAGGUUCCUGCACGCUCGCCGCAGCCGCCGAGGUCUUUUUGCGCAGAUCGUGCUCCCCGCCUUCUUUGUGGGUCUGGCCCUCUUCUUCAGCCUCAUCGUACCCCCAUUUGGCCACUACCCACCCCUGGAGCUCCACCCAGCUAUGUACGGGUCCCAGGUCUCUUUUUUCAGUGAGGAUGACCCUGGAAGUCUCAGAUAUUCCCAGCUACUGAACGCCCUGCUGUCCAAGCCCGGCUUCCAAGGCACUUGUGGGAGGAAUAGCUCAAGCCUGGGGCAGGACUGUGCCCAGGCCGCCCACCAUGGCUUCUUGACGCCCCCAGUCCCCGAGGCUGUGGCUCAAGUCUUUGCUACAGGCAACUGGACCCAGCAGUUCCCAUCCCCUGCCUGCCAGUGCAGCAGCCCCAGGGCCCGGAAGAUGCUCCCUGACUGCCCAGAAGCAGCGGGGGGCCUCCCCCCUCCCCAGAUGCAGAUAGGCUCGGGAGACGUGAUGCAGAAUCUGACGGGAAGAAAUAUCUCGGACUAUCUGGUUAAAACCUAUCCUCGUGUCAUCAACCAGGGGCUGAGGACCAAGAAGUACGUCAAUGAGAUUAGAUAUGGAGGCUUCUCCCUGGGGGGCAGCUCUGGCUUGGACCUGGGCUCAGGGCCAGAGAUCCUCAGCACCAUCCAGGAGUUCCAAGCCUUAUUCUACGGCUCCCAGAACAAUGUGAUACAGAACCUGCUACGGAAUCUCAGUGCCUGGGCUGAGGGUCUGGAUUCACAGAACAACGUGAAGGUCUGGUUCAACAACAAGGGAUGGCAUGCCAUGGUGGCCUUUAUCAACGUGCUGAACAAUGGAUUCCUGCGUGCUCACCUGCCCCCAGGGGCGGACCCCGAGACUUACAGCAUCACCACUCUCAACCACCCCCUCAGCCUCACCAAGGAGCAGCUCUCCGAAGUCACCCUGAUGGCCUCUUCGGUGGAUGUGCUGGUGUCCAUCUGCGUGCUCUUUGCCAUGUCCUUCGUCCCGGCCAGCUUCGUACUCUUCCUCAUCGAGGACCGAGUCAGCCGAGCCAAGCACCUACAGCUCCUAGGGGGCCUGCCCCCAACCCUCUACUGGCUGGGCAAUUUUGCCUGGGACAUGUGUAAUUACCUGGUGCCCGCAGGCCUGGUGGUGCUCAUCUUCCUGGGCUUCCAGCAGCGGGCAUAUGUGGCGCCAGCGAAUCUGCCCGCCCUCCUGCUGCUGCUGCUGCUGUAUGGCUGGUCCAUCACGCCGCUCAUGUACCCGGCCUCCUUCCUGUUCUCCGUGCCCAGCACAGCCUACGUGGUCCUGACCUGCCUCAACCUGUUCAUCGGCAUCAACGGCAGCGUGGCCACCUUUGUCCUGGAGCUCUUCUCCAACCAGAAACUGAAGGAUGUGAGCUGGAUUCUGAAGAGGGUUUUCCUGAUUUUCCCGCAUUUCUGCCUAGGCCGAGGGCUCAUUGACAUGGUUCGGAACCAAGCUAUGGCUGAUGCUUUCCUGCGCCUGGGAGAUGAGCAGUUCAAGUCCCCACUGAGCUGGGAACUGGUUGGCAAGAACCUGUUUGCCAUGGGACUGCAGGGGCCUAUCUUCCUUCUCCUAACCCUCCUCCUGCAGCACCGAGCCCGCCUCCUGCCUAGAUGGUCUCUGGGACCCCAGCCCCAACCCAGAGAGGAGGAGCAGGAGGAGGACGAGGACGUGAGCCGGGAGCGGGAACGGGUCCAGCAGGGAGCCACCCAGGGAGACGUCUUAGUGCUCAGGAACCUGACCAAGAUAUACCGGGGCCAGAAGAAGCCGGCCGUGGACCGCUUGUGUCUGGGGAUUCCCCCGGGGGAGUGUUUUGGGCUCCUGGGGGUAAAUGGGGCAGGGAAAACAUCCACGUUCCGCAUGGUGACGGGAGACACCCCAAUGAGUGGGGGUGAGGCCAUCCUUAUGGGCUUCAGCAUCCUGAGUGACCUGCAGGCAGCCCAGAGCCACAUGGGCUAUUGUCCUCAAUUUGACGCCAUUACAGAACUUUUGACUGGUCGGGAGCACCUGGAAUUUUUCUCCCGACUCCGGGGGGUACCUGAGAGAGAGGUUGCCCAGGUGGCGCAGUGGGGCCUGACCAAGCUGGGGCUGCUACAGUACGCAGAUCAGCCCUCAGGUGGCUACAGCGGCGGGAACAAAAGGAAGCUGUCCACUGCCAUUGCCCUGGUGGGAGGACCGCCAGUUAUCUUCCUGGAUGAGCCCACCACAGGGAUGGACCCCCGGGCCCGGCGCUUCCUCUGGAACAGUGUCCUGGGUGUUGUCAAGGAGGGACGCUCUGUAGUGCUCACCUCCCACAGCAUGGAGGAAUGCGAGGCCCUGUGUACCCGCCUGGCCAUCAUGGUGAACGGGCGUUUCCAGUGCCUGGGCAGCGCGCAGCACCUCAAGAACAGGUUCGGAGAGGGCUACACGGUGUCGCUGCGGGUGCCCGUCUGCCAGCCGGGGCCCGCUCAGGACUUCAUGGAGGCCUCCUUCCCCGGAGCCGUGCUCAAGGAGCACCACGGCUGCCUGCUGCGCUAUCAGCUGCCCGCCGGGCACUGCCCACUGGCCCGCCUCUUCGGGGAGCUGGCCGCCCACAGCCCGCGCCUGGGCAUUGAGGACUUCUCUGUUACCCAGACCACGCUUGACCAGGUGUUUGUGUAUUUUGCAAAGGACCAAGGUGAGGAGGACAGCCCCACGAAGCCGGCCUCUCCCCACGCUGAGUCCAAUUGCCGAUCCCCGCACAGGGUCAGCUGUUUUCUGGAGGAUAUCAGUGUGGCUGAGAGCUUGGUCUGACCCAGCGCCAUGGACCCAUGGGAAGAUCCUCCAGCCAGGAGCCUGCCUCCUGGGGUGGGGGAGGGAGCCGUGUGAUGUCCAGAGCCUGGGCAGCAACUUCCACUUGUUCACUGUCUCCCUACCAGCCCCCAUGGGGCCCCUUGUCCCGCAGGGAGCCAAAGGGAAGAGCCCUGAGGUCACUCCCAAAAAGGGGGCUGCUGCUGUGGCUCUAGGGUCUCCCUUCUGCACUGCCCUUGCUCCCAAAUAAAAGUAAAACCAAGAGA